UCGUUGUUUGACGUAUGAUUACAUAACUGUCGUCCAUCUAACUGGAUCUGACAUAGUAUUUGCGAAUUGCAUUCUUGCAUAAUAAGCUAAACAUAACUGUGUUCAACUUUUAACUAAAGCAGAGCAGUUGUCUGUAGCAUUGCUAAGGUAUACUCAGGGGUUUUAUGUAAUCAUUAAGUGAGACUAGAACACUGAAUAACGAAAUUCGUCAUCUAUAUCAAACAAGUCAUCUUUCUUUAGGCAUGAUCAGCAAAUUAGUAAAGUUACUUUGGCCCGUCUAUGGAACAAAACGUUUCUCGAGCAUAUGGUGACCUUGAAAGGCUUUCAUUUUCACGAAGCUCGAAAUAUCACAAAUACAAAACACAUAUUUUCCAAUUAUACAUAAAUGUUCAGAAUCGUGUUGCGGAUAAGCCCAAGUUGAUGCGAAGCAUCAGACGCCAAUAAGUUCUGACGUGAGCUAUCUAUAAUUAACAUCAAUUUACGUUGUGGUAGUCUUUGUUUGUAAUCUUCUUCACUCCAUUUUAAUAAAAUACUAAAAUAUAAUCUUUCAUAAUCAGCACAAAAUAGGAGGUAAGUCAUUCAAAUUAUUCUAAAUAUCCUCAUUUUACAGCUCCAAAACAGGAAUACAGCGCACAAUUGAAUCAAGCAUAUCAAGGAGCUAAACUAAUCGAAGAACAAAUUUUAGAAACGAUUCCGGAAUUCAAAGCAACGGACGCGGAUGAAGCCAGUCAGCGGCGUUGA